CUGCCUGCUCGCCCCCUCCUAGGCCGGACACCAUGGGCAUCUUCGAAAUCUUCCUGAAGAAGAAAGAGCUCAUCCCUCUGGUCACCUUCGUCAGCCUGGCCGGGCUGGGAGCCGUCUCAGCGUCCGUGUACUCGCUCUUCAAGACGGACGUCAUCCUCAACAGGUCCAAAAAUCCAGAGCCGUGGGAGAACGUGGAUCCUACUCAGCCUCAAAAGUUGCUGUCAAUAAACCAGCAGUGGCGGCCCAUUGAGGAGCUGCAGAACGUGAAGAAUCUGACCAAGUGAACGAGCCCCCGGCCCUCGCACCCCUGGGAAUCCGGCGGAAUCGCCUCCACACAGACUCGUCUUCUGAACCAGUGUGCGGAGAUGCUUCCGAUGAAUUCCCAGGGCCUCCCCACGUCCGGGGUCUCCCGGCCCCCACGUCCGGACCGCCUAGCAGGCCGGAGACCAGACAAGCGGCAUCCGACCCUAACCUUGGCCUCCGCCGUCUGCUCCGGAAAGGUCAGCGGAGGCUUCCCUGCCUCGGCCUUCCUUCCCGGGAUCACAUAUUGUCGGGUGGAUUGAAUAAAGUCUGGGUAUUAUUUCCCCAAA